UUUUAGCUUAAUUUGUAACAUUUCUAAACAAUGUUGGACUUAGAAAUUGUACCCGAAAUUUCUCUUGGCUGUGAUGCCUGGGAAUUCGUUUUGGGUAUGCAUUUUUCUCAGGCAAUUGCCAUAAUACAAUCGCAAGUGGGCAUCAUCAAGGGCGUUCAGGUGUUGUACUCGGACACCAACCCGCUGGGUGUGGACAUUAUAAUCAAUCUACCCCAGGAUGGUCUACGUUUGAUAUUCGAUCCCGUAAAUCAACGCCUGAAGAUUAUCGAAGUUUGCAACAUGAAAUUGGUGAAACUUAAGUAUGGCGGUGUCUAUUUCAAUUCUCCCGAAGUUUUGCCUUCCAUUGAACAAAUUGAGCACUCCUUUGGUGCCACACAUCCAGGUGUUUAUGAUGCAGCCAAGCAACUGUUUGCCUUACAUUUUCGUGGUCUAAGUUUCUAUUUUCCCGUCGAUAGUAAAUUGCAUGCUGGCUAUGCUCAUGGGCUGGGCUCAUUGGUGUUCUUGAGUGGAGCAUCACCGGUGGUCUCCAAAAUGUCACUGUAUGCUGGUAGUAAUGUGGCUGAAAACAAGACACCUCCACUGCCCCUAUCCUGCUAUCAUCGUCAAUUGUAUUUGGAAUCGGCCACGGUACUCAGAUCAGUGUUGGGUUGUACCAAAGGUCUGCGUUUGAAGCUAUUCACCGAAGGAUCAGGACGUUCGCUGGAGCCACGUCGCCAGUGUUUCACCAAAGAGAUUCAUUUUGGUGACAGUUGUCAGGAUGUAACAACACAACUGGGCGCUCCCAAUCGUAUUUUCUUCAAGAGUGAAGAUAAAAUGAAAAUACAUUCCUCCAGUGUCAAUCGGCAGGCCCAAUCGAAACGCAGUGAUAUUUUCUUCAAUUACUUCACUCUGGGCAUAGAUGUCCUCUUCGAUGCCCGCACCCAAACCUGUAAAAAAUUCAUUUUACACACCAACUACCCGGGCCAUUUCAACUUCAACAUGUAUCAUAGAUGUGAAUUUCAAUUUCAACUACAACCUGAACGUUCGCAACUGAACGACACGACGGGUUCACGUGCUUCCUAUGGCAGUGGUGGCGAGACAACAAAUACUGGUGGACUCGUCAGCAUUAAUGCUUAUUCCAAAUGGAAUGAAAUCAGUGCUGCCAUGGCUCCCUCGGAGCGGCCAGUGGUAUUGCACAGAGCCAGCUCCACAAAUACCGCCAAUCCAUUUGGUUCGACGUUCUGUUAUGGCUAUCAGGAUAUCAUAUUUGAGGUUAUGUCAAAUAAUCACAUAGCUUCGGUUACUUUAUAUAGUACAGCGCCCGCAAAACCCGCCGAAGAUUUAUGGCAACAACAUAAAAUGCAAGAUAUACGCUUGACUGUGACGUGAGAAUGA